GCCCCCGGCGCGCGGACAGCAGCAGCAGCAGCAGGUAAACGGCGCGCGAGCCUCCAUCAGCCCGGGAUAAAAGGCUCCGCGCCCUCACAGACAGAUAUACACACACAUACACACACACACUUACACACACACACUUAUACUCACACACUCUUACCAACACACACAGAUAGAUCGAUAAUAGUUAUUUAUACAGACACACACACUCAUAUAAACACACACUCUUAUAUACACACAUACACACACAAGUGCGCGCAGUUAGCCUUUCAGACAGGCGCGAGAGCCGCGCCCGCCCGAGGAACAACGAAGCGACUUCUCCAUCACCUUCACCUUCUUCACCACCUUCACCACCACCAUCAUCAUCAUCACUCUACUGCAGGACCAGCGGGGAGAUGGAAACCAAGGACAAAGGAGCUGAGCCGCAGCUGAAGGGGAUAGUAACGAGGCUGUUCAGUGAACAGGGGUUCUACCUGCAGAUGCAGCCUGAUGGAACCAUCAAUGGGACCAAGGACGAAAACAGCGACUACACUCUGUUUAACCUGAUACCGGUGGGGCUGCGUGUGGUGGCCAUUCAGGCAGUAAAGGCGGGCCUGUAUGUGGGGAUGAACGCUGAGGGAUUCCUCUACACAUCAGACAUGUUUACGGCGGAGUGUAAGUUUAAGGAGAGUGUGUUUGAGAACUACUAUGUGAUUUACUCGUCCACGCUGUACCGGCAGCACGAGAGCGGGAGGGCCUGGUUCCUCGGCCUCAACAAGGACGGCAUUAUCAUGAAGGGCAACCGCGUCAAAAAAACCAAACCAUGCUCACACUUCGUACCAAGACCCAUCGAAGUGUGUAUGUACAAGGAGCCAUCGCUGCACGAGAUCGAGGAGAAGCAGCGCUCCAGGAAAGACUCAGGAACUCCAACCAUGAACGGAGGAAAGGAGCUAAACCCGGACUCCAACGAGCAGGACGGGUCAUAGCUGCUCUCCCUCUCUCACACACAUAUAUAUACACACACACACACACACACACACACACACAUAUAUAAUACACACAUACACACACACAUAUACACAUAUACACACACACGUCCCGGAGCUGAACGUACGUACACCCUCUACAUCUACAGCCCCCCGAGAGUCAGAGGGAGAGAGGAGCUGAGGAGACUGAACCCCUGAACAACUGAAGCUCAAAUCAGGACAUCUUAUGCAAAGCCUGCCGAGUGUGUGUCCGAGUCGCGCUCCCUCCGAGCCCAGGCCAUGGUGUGUGUGUUCUGGAAGUUGAAGCUUUAAGCCAUGUUCUCACGAGUUCUCACGAGUUGAUUUCUGAAUGCAAACGCACUUUCCACGCUUCUAUGUGUCGCUCUGAUCAUCACUAUCAAUCCAUACUACUAUUGAUCAUCUCCUCUCUGUUCCUAUGAGGAGAAGGGAGGGUAAAAGAGGGAAGGAAGGGGGGGGGGUCUUCAAAUUCUGCUCUCUGAUUGGCUGAAGUGGGAGGAAUGGCCCUGCAGCCUGUGCUAGCCUGUGAUUGGCUUAAAGGUUGUGUGGUGAUUUUAAAGAAAUGACCUAGGCCUGUCACGGUAAUUACAUUAUCGACUUCCUACACGAUAUAUACUACAAUAUAUGGACACACACUUGAUCAUUUUCACUGACCUUAAUAUUAUUGCCUAUUAACUUUUUUUCACAGCAGAGCAAGCCCUUUAACGUGAAUGAGCUGGGUAAUGUGACGAAGCCGCUUAAUUUGAUUUAUUUAAGAUUUUUUAAUGUUUCGUUUUCACUUACAAUGCCACUAUACUUUAAAAGAGUAUAACUGCAUUAUUGUGCUUUUAUAUUCAUAAAAUGUCAUAAAAUGAUCCUAAAAUUUUAAUUAUAUUUUUUAUUGCAAUAAUUUACGGGACAGUAGUGUAUCGGAACAAUAUACCAAACAGAAAGAGUUAUCGUGACAGGCCUACACAAUAAACCCUCUGUUUCAGUACUAUUAAGAUCUUUAAUGCACCCUCACUCACUUGCACUCUAUUUAGCUCAAGGGAAGUUCUUGGAGGAGCCUGAUAAUAAACCAUCAUAAUAAAAAUAGUUGAAAAGGGUACUCCACCAUUUUUCUAAAUUCUCUGCAUAAUUCACAGUUUAAGUUUAUGGACACAGUCGAAAAUUUUGAAAGUUUGACAUGACUAAAUGACUAAAACUAUGCCUGUUACAAUAUUGCGUUAUCGAUUUAUGAUAAAAAAAAUAUGGACGUAACCUCAAUAUUUUAUUGCUCACCUCAAUAGCACCUCAUCGUUACUUAGCAAAAAGAGUCUGUUAACAUGAAUAAGCCAGUAUGUCAAAUUAUUUUGGAAAGUGGAUUUAUUUUACUUAUGUUUAAAUAUUCCAAUACCAAUCUCUGAAUAUUCUUAAUAAUUAGUCAUUUUUAAUAAUUCUUAAUAGGUUAAUUGCUCUAAUGAAUUAUUACAUGAGGCUACUGUAUUAUCAAUAAAUCAGUGCUCUUAAAAUGACAAUAAUAUUGUUUGUCACAAUUAGUUUAAGGACAGUAUAUCAUUAAUAAAAAAAGUGUUUUGCUAGUCCAAACAUGCCGCCCGCUUGGACUUUGGGCUGAAGUUCGGACAGAUUACGCUUGUCAUAGAAAGCGUGUUUGGCUCUCUGAAUGACUGUGUUUACAUCUUAACUGUUUAGUCAUGCAGAGAAUUUAUGGAACAAAUCCAUAUUUCAUGGGAAUUGAUCACUUUACUCUGAUAGUUACUCUGAUAGUUACUCUGAUAGUUACUCUGUUAGUAACUCUGUUAGCUGCAACAAGGAAACAAGCGGAAAAAAGCAAAGCACUUGUCCUACACUUGAAGUUUAAGUUAAAGAAAAGCAAUUAUAAGCAAAGUUUACGUAUUUAUGUUAUCCGAACAAACCCAGCACUAUGUUGUUAAAAAGACGUUAAAAAAGCAGCAAUUAAUACAUAAGAAACACAUCUUCAUUAAAAUAAAAAAGGCAAAAUUGAAUGUAGUUUUAACAAACAGCACUAAUGUUGUUUUAACAUCUUUUAACUAAAUAGUACUGGGUGGGUAGAUUUCUCCAAUGAAAGGCUGCAUUACAAGGGUUUGUUAGCUAGCUAGCAAAUAAGCUAAUGCUACAUUCCAUUUAAUCUCAGAUGUCGGACAUUCCUAGUUUUCUAAUAGGUAAUUUUAACUGUAAUGCUCCUACAGAUAAGAUUUCCUACCAGGAAAGACGGGAGAGCCUCUCUAACCAGAAUCCAGUAUGGCUGGUCUGCAGUAGUACAGUAGUAAAAACAUUAUAAAUAUAUAUUAGUGUAUUAGUAUCUAUAAAGCAUUGUUACAACACUGGUAGGUGUAUAGGGAAUAGGGUGUGACAUAAUUUCCAACUCUGACAUCAGAGGUAAAUGGAAUGCAGCAUCCUCUUUUUGUCCAGCAAACACAAAAUGUAUUGAAACAGAGUACUAAAAAGUGAUAUAUAUAUAUAUAUACUACCAGUCAAAAGUUUUUUUUAUUAUUUUAAAAGGUUCUGCACUGUAAAUUACUACAAAAGUAAUCCAACCUAUGGAGAAAAAACAUCUGUAAUUAUUUAGUAAACAAAAAAGUGUUAAACAAACCAGAAUAUAUUUUAUGUGUCUUAUAUUUCUAUUCUUCAAAAUUGCUCUUCUUGCUUAGAUGACAGUUUUGCACAUUUUGUCUUGAUUUUCUUAGUCAACUUCAUGAGGUAUAGUCACCUGGAAUGGCUUUCAGUUAACAACUGUGCUGAAAAAAAAAUUAAGAAGAAAUGAAGGUCAGUCAAUCCAAAAAGAAGAAUUUCAAGAACACUGAAAGUAUCCUCAAGUGCAGUCGCAAAAAAGACCAUCAAAAACGUUACGAUGAAGAAACUGGCACUCAUCAGUACCGCCCCAGGAAAGGAAGAGAAAGACGAUAAGUUCAUCAGAGUUAGCAGUCUCAGAAAUCACAACUUAACAAUCACAACUUUUUGUGUAUUUUGGUUUGUUUAACACUUUUACUAUAUGAUUUCUUAUGUGUUCCUUCAAAUACUUGAUGAUUUCACAAUUAAUUUACAAUGUAGGACAAAAAUAAAAACAUUUAAUAGGUAGAAGGUGAGUCAAAACUUUUAACUGGUAGUGUAUGUAUAUAUAAUUACAAAAAAAAGUACACAAAUACCUGGAAACAUCCCUGCACAUGUGUAUUUGAGAUGGAUAGGAGCAGUCACAGUCCGUGUGUUGAGUUUUAUUUUGUAGCAUUUGGGAAGAUUGUUGGGGGGGGAUGUUUAAGUUUAAACAGCUGCUUUACGAAUCAGAAGAAGCGCGAUGGUGGCGUUCGGACCACGGCCCAUUUUUUUUACGAUGUCUUAAUGCUUUUUGGAAAUCCUCCCUACGCCUUCACGAGCCUUCAUUACUAUUGUUAUUGUUGUUAUUAUUAUAAUUCUUACACUAAGCUGCUAAUUUAUGCUAAAUUACUAAAGCUAUACUGUAAGCUUGCCUCUCUUUAAUCUGCAUGAGCAUGUCCGACUUUCUGUGUUUGACAUCAUUGUGUUUGACCUCACUGUGUCUGAUCUCACUGGCCCUUAUUUAUCAAAGUUGCAUAUGGGAAUUUCUUUAUUUAUCAACUGGUGUAAAUUUCAGUAAAACAGACUGAUAACCUGCUUUAUUUGCAGGGAAAUUCCUGUAAAUUUACUAUAAUAAUAACCUUAACCAAUAGGAAAUCAGAAGUGUUGUGUACUCCACUGCCAUUAACACCAAAUAACUGAUAAAAACCCUUCUGAACUUUGAAGAACUGUGCAUUUGUAUUCACAUCUGCAUAAAUUGGGGCGUGGCUAAGCGUAUGAGGAUACAUUUGGGCAUUGUAUCAUUUGUCUGUGAUAUGUAAAUAAGGGGCUUGUGGAUAGUUUUGUUCCCCAGAGAACUAAAACAGAUUGUGCUCCAGAUGCACUGGUUUCACGUGUCGAUUUCUGCGCAACUUUAACAAAUAAGAGCCUCGGUGUCUGAUCUCUCAUUGUGUCUGAUCUCACUGCGUCUGAUCUAGGACCCGACCGAUAUGAAAAUAUUAAAAUUCUGAUAUCCAACGCUAUAUUGGCUUAUCUCAUUUUACAUGCUCCAAAAUGAUUCAUGUCCAAGAACUACAUGCAGCUUCAUUUGAAAGAAAACUGAUCUGGGUCAAAUUUCCCAAAAUCAUCGUAGUGUUACGAUUCCUAUACUUAACUGGUAGAGAGAGAGUAUUCAGAGUGAUGCUCGCUUGACCUUUUAAGAGUCCUCUUAGUACCAAUAUGCUUUUGGGAAACUCAGCCCUGAUUGAUUAAGAGUGAUGGGAUUCUGUGCAGCUAUGACUCUGAUAAACCCACAACAAAAGCCAUUUACAUUCUUUUGAUUGCAAUAAAUUGUUCAUAUUUUUAUUUACAAUUUAUUUCAUUUGUUUGCUGUUUUUUAUGUUUAACAAACUGCUGCUUCACUCAUUUACUUAAAAUGUACUUAAUUUAAUUAAAAAAUUAGUUUAACAUGUAAAGACACGAUUGAAUGUUUUUUUAUACAUUAUAUAUAUAUAUAGAAAAAAACAUAUUUGUCACUAUACAAACUCAGUUUUCUUAGGUUUUUCGAAAAUAAACAAACAGUUCCCAAGUUUCUCACAAAUAUAAAAAUAUAUAUAAAAAAAUUGUAGGACAAAAUAAAACAAAUAUUUGAAUCUUUGGACCUAACUUUAACUUUAAUUUCAAAUUUAAUUUGUUAAAUUACUAAAAUAAAGUAGGCUCUGGUUUCACUGGAUCUAUAGGUGAGCCAUCAACUGCGCCCUGUGCGGCUUGAUUUAGUGUGUCAGUGUGUCUUUGCUAUCGUAAAAACAGGAAAAGUACACCUUGUGUUGGUCGAAACAUGCAAAAGGCAUGUACUAAUUCUCUUAAAUAAUCAUGGGUGUGUUUUGGGCAUAACGGGAAAUAAACCAAUCAGCGUGCCACUUGCCAUUCCCUUUAAGAGUUUGUCCCUGUGUUCAUACAUGCAUUGACUGUGCAUGCCAAGAUAGCAAUGAAUUCUGACUGUUGACGUCUGUCUAGGUUGUGUUCAGUUAGUGGUGCUCCUUUGUUUUUUCCGUUGCCAAGAUAGCAAUACACCACAAAUGUACCUAAACCCACCUAAUUUCCAGACCACCAGGCCUAUCAGCAUAGAUAUAUUCAGAAUUACCGUUGCACCGAGUGCAAGAUAGCAAUGAGCAUUGCAAUGCACCUUGCACAGGGAUGCUCAAUGCUUACUCUCACGUGAAUUAGAUUUUACUGUCUGGUUUGCAGUUUUGUUGCCAUUAUAGAAACUUUUUCAACAAUUUCAAAUGUUUAAAAUCUAAUUUUGAGGUUUUUCAAGAUGUUAACUUGCAAAAAUAAUAGAUAAUAAGCCAUAACGGCAUAAUGAAAAACAUAGUCUUUGGAAUACAUUUUGUCUGUAGUUCAUAAUGCUAAAAUUGUAUGAACUGCUGUUUAAUAAAACAUGACAAAUGUAUCAAUAUGGCAAGUGAUUCUAAACCUUUGAAUAGAAGUGAAUAAACCAAGGGAAUAAGUCUUUUUUGUUUUACAUUAUUUAGAGUUAGUUAAACAUAAAAUACAUAAUAUUUACCGUUCAGCUUAGCAGUUUAAUGUAUGUACACAUAAAAAAAUAUAGAAAUAAUAUUCAUUAUUCAUUAAUAUUAGAGCAUGACAUACAACCUUUGUUUUAUUUAGUUGUAUUUGUGUCCAUAUCAGUGAUUUUAUCAAUCAUCCGAUACAUCGGUCGGGUCGCUGUGUGUGAUCCAUACUGUAUGUGUGAGUGUAGGUGUGUGUAAGCUCUACUUGAUUGUACACACUCUUCUCCUCUGCAAGGCUGAGUGUGUUUUUCCUGCCAAAAGCACAGACUGCCCUCACACACACACACACACACACACACAAACACAGACACACACACACACACACACACACACACUCAAAGCCACUAAAGGAAGGUUGAAUCUGAUUGGCCACUGAGGUCCAGCUCGCUCCUGCUCACAGUAAACUUUCAGUUCUUUGGUCUGAAAAAAGAGCCAAUCAGCAGUGCUAAUUAAAAAGGGGCGGAGUUUGUGAGAAGUCUUCCAUUAGGAGAGCAGCACCAGCAUCACCUGCAUGGGUAAAGGGGCGGGGUCAGGGAGGGGGGGUGGUGCCUGGGAGAGGGUGUGGGUGUUACUGGCUGGUUACACUGCAAACAGUUCUGUCAUUUACGGGUGAAAUUAUUUCAAUUAAAAACUGAUAAAAAAAAAAACAAUAGGAGGAAUUACAGUGUCUGUAGAAAUGAUAUAGGAUUAUUCAGUAUUUGGAUUAGGGCCUGACCGAUAUGAUUAUAUUGUGACUGAUGUGAUAAAAUUCUGAUAAAUAUGAAUGUAUAUUUAUAAUAUAAUUUUAUAUUUUUUUUUACUAUUUGUUAUUUUGCUUAUUAGGUUUUGAAUUUUAACAUCAUAAAAAUAUAUAUUUGAAUUAAUAUUAAUAAAAAGUAUUUUGAAUUAUAAGCAUAAUGAAACGUGUAUAAAUAAACAUUAAUACAUAUAAUAACAGAUAAAAACCUAAGUAUGUAUCACAAUAGUAUUGAUUAAAAAUAAUGAUACAAUAUUAUAUAAAACGUUUUCUAAAUAUUUAUUAAAUAUAAACUAUAAUGCAAACUAAAUAAAAAAUGGUUCAAUAAUGAUUUACUUCUAAUGAUACUACUUAUAUAAUAGUAAUUAUAUUAUUGAUAAACAUCGAUUUACUGACUGAUUUUACCAACUGACUUUACCAACUGACUUGUAGCUUGGGGUUGGAGUUUCUAUAAUUAUUUGUGUUUUUUAAUUUCUAUUAAUUGACGUCUUAUUUAUUAUUCAUUUAAUUUAUUUAUUAAAGGUGAGGUGUGUAUUAUAUUUGUGUGUUUAUGUUUGAUAUUUAUAAUGGGUUUGUCAGGUUCUUCUCUGUGGUCAGAAGGAUGUGAGUUUAAAUCCCAGCAAUGCUGCAAUAAUAGAAGAAUCGCUGGUUAUCUGUGGCGUGUUCAUCAGCAUCAGUGAACUGAUAUAUCGGUCGGACCCUAAAUCCAAACAUCUCCACUAAAGUGUGGAAAACUGUGGAAACCACUGUCUCUGGGUGCAGCCUAUCAGAGAGAGGUGUGUGCGGAAACAGUAACAGAACUAAAAAUACCUUAAAGUAGCUUAAAGUAAAUAAACAUGUACAGAAACAAGCUGAAUAAUUCUAUAAUAUUCUUACAGCCUCUCGAUAAUAUGAAAUAUCACACUCUCAAAUUACAUUUACAGAGUUUUCUCUGUAUAAAGCAGUUAAUAAUCCUGUAAUAUUCAGAUAUGAAUAAGAAUUAUUGGCCUUUUUUAAGUGUACAUUGUUUUGAAUUGUAAAAUAUCUCUGUUUGCAGUGUAAAUACAUUUGUCUGCCUGCAUUUGAGAGUGAACUUUAAUUUUGGAUUACUGCCUAACAAUAACAAUGUUUUUUUUUGUGUGUUGGUUAAUGUUCGCACUUUAAUGAUGAUUCUCAUCCAGACCCAUGAUGUAACGGCUGUCUAAAAACAUUGCCAGAAGAUCAGCAGGAUGAAACGAUUCAAAUAAAAAAUACUGAAACCAAA